UGGACGAGUGGACCAGACCACCAGACCCAGACGUCCAGAUUGUUCAUCACUGUUAAAUCUGUUCAGUGAACUGAUAGUAGAUGCCAGUUCAGUAACUUUAAAUCUGAUAUUUGAACAAUUCGCUAUAAAAUAUACACUUAUGGAAAAAUUAAUAGAUUUAGUUAAAGAACGACCUCUUCUCUAUGAUAACAGAAAUGUUGAUUUCAAGUAUAGAGAAAAGAGAUUAGAAGGCUGGAAUGAAAUAGCUCAAAUAAUGGGCAAAGAAGAUGGUAACUUUUGGAGAUUCAAAUGGAACUGUUUGAAAGAAAAUUAUUCGAAAUACAAAAAGGUUAACUUCAAUCCAUCACAUCAAAUUUAUAAAAAAUACAGAAAUUGGCCUUGGGGUGAACGUAUGAAAUUUAUGGAUAAUAUUCCUAAUAAAAGAAAAGAUUUUAUCAAGGUUUUCAAAUUUUCUUCAUACUCUAGACAACCAGAGCAAAGUUUUUCAUCUGCUCAAAAAUGUAUCGGUCAACCGACUCAUUACACCCACCCUCAUCUCCUGAAAUCUAAUGAAAUAACUCCCAUGAUAACAACGAAAGAGUAUCAGAAUAGAAGGGCAAAACUAAUUGAGAAUAUUAAUCAAUUCAAUACAAUAAAAAAUCAGGGCAAACAUUUUAUGGUUGUAAUACCUUCUGCUUCUAAAAAAUACAUGUCAGACAAAAUACCAUAUGUUUUCAGACAAAAUACUGAAUUUUUAUAUCUAACAGGAUGCCAAGAGCCUGAUAGUUGCCUUGUUUUGAUCAAUAAUGAUUCAGAUCAAUUCACAUCAGUUCUUUUCGUCCAGGGUAAAGAUGCUCAUACUGAACUUUGGGAUGGCCCUAGAGUAUGUCCUUCUACUGUUAACGAAUUUUUUGGAGUUGAUCAAGGUUUUCCUAUGAAAGAAUUAGAAAACUACCUUCAACGAAAUUCGAAAUCCAAGAAAGAAUUACAAUUAUGGUAUGAUGUAAUGUCUCCUGUACAAGAGAACGUGCAUAAUGUGAUGGAAAACAUUUUAAAACAGAAAAAAAAUUUCAUGGAUUCUCCAAAGACUUUUAUUGAUCAAUUGAGGUUGAUAAAAAGUCCUGCAGAAAUUGAAUUGAUGAAAAAAUCUUGCCAAAUUGCAUCUGAAGCUAUUAUUACUACAAUUAAAUCUUCCUUUCCAGGUAUCAAUGAGCAUGAAAUAAAUGCAAAGGUAGAUUAUGAAUGUCGUUUGAGGGGAGCUCAAUAUCUUGCUUAUCCUCCAGUUGUAGCAGGUGGUAGAAGAGCUAAUAUUAUACACUAUAUUACUAAUAAUCAGAUAGUCACUGAUAAAGAAAUGGUUUUGAUGGAUGCAGGUUGUGAGUAUCAUGGUUACUCAAGUGACAUAACAAGAACAUGGCCAAUAGAAGGAAGAUUCACAAAGGAACAGAGGGAGCUAUAUGAUGUUGUUCUGGAAACACAGAAAGAAAUAAUAGGUUUAUGUAAAAAUUUACCUCCUCUUGAUUCACUGUUCGAUUCCAUGUGUAAGAUUCUUGGUAAAAAGUUACAGGAAAUUGGUCUCAUUCCAAAAUCAUUGACUGGAACGUCUCUUUUCAAGGCUGCCUACAAAUUCUGUCCACAUCAUGUAUCACAUUAUUUAGGAAUGGAUGUACAUGACACACCAUCUAUCACAAGAAAUAUACCAAUACGACCUGGAAUGAUUGUAACGGUGGAGCCAGGAAUUUAUGUUCAAGAUAAUAAUGAAUCUGUACCUAAGGAGUACCGUGGAAUAGGUAUUAGAAUUGAAGACGAUGUUUUGAUCACUGCUGAUGGGCCAGAAGUUCUCACAGAUUGUUGUCCAAAAGAAGUAGAUGAUAUUUUGAAAAUUUCAUCCAAAACACAUUGAUUGGAAACAGUUGUAAAUGUUAAGUAGGUCUUUUAAGAAUAAAUUUUGUGUAAAAAAUGUUAUGUUAUAUAAUUUCAGUCGAUAAAAAGAAGUAGUAGUA